AUGGCCUCUCAAAAACACCAUAAGGCUCUCUUUGACGCAUUGAAUGGAGAAGAAGUACCUAUAGAAAAUACACCACAAAAAGUUUUGUCUCUUAUGGGGGUUGAGGGCUACUCACACCGCCUCCUUGCCUUUUUCGAUGAAGAUCUCCCUCUCAAAGGAGCGAUUCACACUAGACCCUUGCAAAUCACCAUUGAAUGCAUAUGUGCCAAGGUUCUAAUGGUUCUUAUUGACAAAGAAUUUGCCUUGAAUGUCUGUCCUUUUAGGACCGCCCUCACUGUAGGCCUAGACAUGGAGAUUAUCAUUCCUUCUCCCUUGAUUAUAAGGGCAUAUGACAACACUUUAAGGAAGGUCAUGGGUACUUUCAAGGCUCCUUGUAAGAUUGGGUCAAUAGAAACCAUUGUGGAAUUUCAUGUCAUGGACUCAACCCCAAAUUACAACCUUUUCUUGGGAAGGGCUUGGCUUCACUCCAAUGGGGCAAUACCUUCCUCACUACACCAAAAGAUUAAGAUCUCAUGGAAAGGAGGGAUUGCCAUAGUGCUAGGAGAUGGUGAGAUCCUAGCACCAGUUUAUGGACUCGAGGAAGGAGGGAGUGAGCUUCAAAUGAGUGGCUUUGAGUUUGUGAAUAUGGCCGACUAUGGAUUGAAGGAUGAAAAAUAUGUUACCAAUUUGUUCCCAUAUUGUAGCCAUGAGGUGAUUGCAAUGAUGAAGACCAUGGGAUACAUGCCUAGUAUGGGCCUUGGAAAGGAAGGAAAAGGGGUAGUUGAGUUCCCCAAUAUCAAGACUCAAGUGACCAAGGAGGGUUUAGGAUUCCUUGAAGGCUGCGACGGAAUCAAGAAGAACCAUGGCACUUUCAACAGGAAUUUCGUGAAAGAAGGACGAGACUUCCCUUAUUGUGGCUUCCCCAAACCAUGGGUAGGUAAAGAUGGAAUGGUAUAUCCGGGUUGGGAAAUGUUCUUUAAUGAAAAACUCACCUUUAAGGUGAAGCCUACUAUGGUGAUCAAAGAAGUGCAAGAAGAGGUUGAUUGGGUGAACUACAUGGAUGCUGAAGCAAUGAAGACCAUGAUGAAGACGAGCAUGGACGUGUUCGCCAUCACCAAAGAAGGGCCAAGUGAUCCUUCCAAAUUCAUCACGCCUAAUACGGGGCUCAUUAAUAAUUGGACUUGGGUUGGGUUUUCUAAGAAUAUAGGGAAAAACUUUUGUAAUGCAAGUUCUGAUGUGUUUGCAUGGUCCUAUGAGCAUAUGCUUGGAAUUGACCCCGAGAUAGCUCAACAUCACAUUGAUAUUAAUGACCACAUGGUGCCUGUCAAGCAAAAAUUGAGAAGAAUGAGGAUUGAAUGGCUUUUAAAGAUCAAAGAGGAAGUCACUGAGCAACUAAAGGUGGGAUUCAUCAAACCUGUAAACCAAGCCGAAUGGAUAGCCAAUGUCAUGCCCAUACCUAAGAAGGAUGGAAAGGUGAGGAUGUGUGUGGAUUUUAGGGACUUAAACAAAGCAUGCCCUAAGGAUGACUUUCUUCUCCCUCACAUUGACGUCUUAGUGGAUAACACAGCAAGAAGUGCAUUGAUGUUCUUCAUGAAUGGUUUUUCAAGAUACAACCAAACCAAGAUGGCUUCUAAAGAUAUGACCAAAACCACUUUCAUUACCAAAUGGGGAACCUAUUGUUACACGGUAGAGGUGUAUGUUGAUGAUAUGAUAGUGAAAUCCAAGAAUAGGGAGAAUCACACCACGAACGUGAGGAAGUUCUUUGAGAGGAUUAAAGAAUAUAGAUUGAGAUUGAACCCACAAAAGUACACAUUUGGAGUAAUCACUAGAAAGUUGUUAGGGUUCCUAGUGAGUGAUAGAGUAAUAGAAGUUGACCCAUCCAAGAUCAAAGCUAUAUUGGAGAUGCCUCCACCCAAAAGUAAGAAAGAGAUUAGGGAUUUCUUGGGUCGGCUACACUACAUUAGUCGAUUCAUCACUAAGCUCACCUCCACUUGUGAGCCCAUCUUUAAACUCCUAAGGAAGAAUAAACCACACACAUGGAAUGAUGAGUGCCAAAAAGCCUUUGAACUUAUCAAGGAAUAUCUCCUCCACCUAUCUAUCCUAGUACCUCCACAACAUGGAAAACCCUUACACCUAUACCUUUCCAUCAUAAGGGAUGCGGUUAGAAGUAUGCUUGCACAAGAAGAUACUGAGAAGAAUGAGAGGGUAAUAUAUUUUUUGAGAAAGAGGUUCCAUGAUUAUGAGACUAGGUACACUCCCAUAGAAAAGUCAUGCUUUGCACUUUCUUGGGCUGUACAAAAAUUGAGGCAUAUCAUUUUACCCUUCCAAAUAUGGGUGGUGGCAAGAAUGGACCCAUUGAAGUACCUCUUUAAGAAACCCACUUUGAGUGGAAGAUUGUCAAGAUGGUUGAUUUUGCUGGCAGAAUUCGACUUGAAGUAUGUGGCUAGGAAAUCUAUCAAAGGAAGCAUUGUGUCAGAUUUUUGUGCCGAGAAUUCUAUAGAAGUGGAGGAUGGUAAAGAAGAUUUUCCGGAUGAGGAAAUUUUGGAUGUUGAAUUAGGGACAUGGAAAAUGUACUUUGACGGAGCUGUAAACCAAUAUGGAAAUGGGAUAGGGAUACUGUUGAUCACUCCCGAGAGAUCUCACAUACCUUUGGCAAUCAAAUUGAACUUUGAAGCGAAUAAUAACCUGGUUGAAUAUGAAGCUUGCAUCGUCGGAAUGGAAGCUCUUCAAGAAUUAGGGGCAAAAGAAGCUAAAGUCUUUGGAGAUUCAACUUUGGUUAUAGCCCAAGUGCAAAGGUUGUGGAAAGUGAAGGAAGAACACUUGAAGCCCUAUCAAAAAUGCCUAGAGGACUUAACCAAGACAGUUGACAAGACUGAGUACACAAUCAUCCCUAGAGCCCAGAAUCAGUUUGCGGAUGCCUUAGCUACUUUAGCCUUUAUGGUUGAAAUACCCAAGGGGGUAUGGACACAACCCUUAGAGAUCGAAAAAAGUUAUGAGGAAGUGCACAAAAGGAAGACCGAAGCUUCAGUAAUGGCCAUAGAGGAAGAGGAAGUUCCGUGGUAUUAUGAAAUCAUGAAGUUCUUGGAACUAGGGGUAUAUCCGGAUGAUGCCGACAAGAGAGAAUUUUGUUCCAUUAGGAUGAUGGCAACCCAAUACAUCCUAUGUGGAGGACAACUCUAUAGAAGGUCCUAUGACGGCAAAGUCCGAAGGGUCAUGGAAGAAUAUGGUAUUGAGCAUCACAAGUCUUCACCAUAUCGACUGCAAGCUAAUGGGACCGUAGAAGUAGCCAAUAAGAAUGUGAAGGAUAUCCUAGCCAAGAUGGUAGUGGCAUAG